AAGUGUCUUGUUUUCGACCAAACUCCGAGACAGAUAGUCGGAUUUGGCGAAUAAGUAUUAAAUAAAUAUAAUCCUGUCUGUUUAUAUAUCAAGAUAAUGUCGGGGCCAUAUCGUUUGUUUUGUUUCGUAUUAGUUUGUCUGUUGCCGUUAUCUUUACAGAGAUCGACACCACAGGAUGACAGCUAUGUAGCAGCUGUUGUGGAGUUCGAAGUCUCUGCUAAUGUCUCCCAGAACCUCGCCAGAUAUUUGCAGCUCAUCGCCCAGGCGGCAGACCAGAAUGCGGACAUCAUAGUGUUCCCAGAGAUGACAUUAACCAGAGGAGAUCGCAAGGUAGACGUGCCGAUAUAUGGUCUGCUGAAACAGCAACCCAUUCCAGCUCUGCAACCUUUAAAUUACGAUGAGAUCCUGGUCAGCAUAUCAGCAGCAGCCAGACAGCACCAGAUGUACGUGCUCAUCAACGUUCAGGAGGUGAUGAACUGCACCAGCAUCGCAGAGGAUUCCGAGGAGUACUGCCCGGAGAAGAAGGAGUAUCUCUUCAACACCAACGUCAUUUUUGACAGGACUGGCGCUGUUAUUGACAGGUACCGGAAGAUAAACCUUUUCGGUGAGUUCACCCGCACCCCAGCUCUUCGUCCAGACCUGGGUCUCUUCAGCACGGAUUUCGGCGUGACCUUCGGCCACUACAUCUGCUUCGACCUCAUGUUCCAGGUGCCCGCUAUCCAGGUGGUCGAGAAAAAUAAGAUCACUGACGUUCUCUUCUCCACUAUGUGGUUCUCCGAGAUGCCCUAUUUGACUGCGGUGCAGAUCCAAGAAGCCUACGCUUAUGCUCAAAAUGUGAACUUCCUCGGUGCUGGAGCGAACAACGUGCGUGUUGGCAGUGCAGGAUCUGGUAUAUACUCUGGAAAAGCAGGCGCUUUAAUCAGCACUAUGCCCGGACUGCCCACCACUCGUCUUCUUGUCUCGAGGGUGCCCAAGGUUCCUGGUAAUGUCACAGGAAUGACCUUCCCCGGCCCGAUCUACGACGCGCCAACGGACCAUGACAGCCUAGUCCUCAUCACUGACCCGUCGCUGCCCAACCACACGACGCGACUCCUAGUCUCCGGCUCUCAGGAGUUCACGCUGGUGGACAAGGACGUCAGCUGCACGUUCAGGGUCAGGCUGACACCCAGAGCUGGUAAUGGGAGUCACAAGUACCGCGCUUUCGUACACGAUGGCAGCAACACAUACUCUCGUCGGCAGGUCGGAGUGGCCAGUUGUCUGGUGGUAGCGUGCAGGGAUGAUGACCCCAAAACGUGUGCCUAUAGAUUCAACAAAAAUGAAACCGACGUCGAAAUAACAGAACUACAAAUAGAUAUGUCGACGAUACGCAAGCAAUACAACACCACACUGCAAUGCGAGAACGUCGUGUAUUUUCCUUCAUCCUUCAGAAUCAGAAAGUUCCCCUUAAGCCCUUUAAACUUCACUUAUAUAGACUCCACAGAUACUGAAAACUUGGUUCAGUCAGACAAGCCAACUGGACGGGAAAAGAUUACAUAUAAAAUAAAUAAACCUCAAAAUGAGUUGGUGUCAUUUGGUAUCUGGGGGAGAGUGUAUGUGAAAGACGUGGAUCAUAAUACAGAAGUGACUGAUGAGGACGUACGAAAGUAUCUUAAAAUUGAAGAUGUUAUAUAUGGAACUGAUCGAGUUAAAGAUUAAAUUAAACAUUUGAAAACAAACGAGGAUCUCACGUCAGGCCCCAGGGGGGGUGGGGUCACGUGGUCUAUUUGUAUGGCCAACCUAGGCUCCAGGGGGGAUCAUGACCCCCAUGACCCCUGGAUCCGCGCAUGUUUGAAAGCGUCACCAUCAAUUGAGUGUCAUAAACAUUGUUGGAUUGGAAUUAAUGAACUCACUACCUACCAGACAAAAAAUGGCACAUUGCACUACGUCAGAAACCGGUCGUAAUAGGCUAGUUUCCUAUACUUAAAAUAAAAUAUUUUAUGCAGUGCACGAAAUAUAGCACCACAUAAUCAGAAGAAA